AUGUACUCUAUACCAACAGUGCCAUCCCAACCUCCACGGCAACUUCUGCAAGGCACCUUGGAACAACGACGCCAAAAUACACGCCGGCGGCGUCAUCAUAGGUACACUCGCAAUCCCAUAGUCGAUUCCCCCCAGUAUCAGGCAUAUCGAGCCCGUCAAGGCCGUGACGGCAAUCAAGAGGAUGCAAAAUGGCCCGAAAUUCUCGAGAUUGCCUUUCUCGAUGCCCUUAUCGAAAUACCCGCGAUGGGCCGAAGAAAGUUCACCUACAAAGGCAAACCCCACGGCCGUAAUGAGCUUAUUAAAGAAUACCUCUGGAUUGCCUAUCUGCAAAGUCUUGCUCCAGGACAGCGUCCUGAUCCAUCUAUGGCACGAGAUAGGAAGCAGGUCUCUAGCCACAUACAAGUACUGAAAGGCUUCUUGAAAGAUCACCCAGCAUAUGACCGUCUUUUCCCCUGCAACAAGGGUCCAAAGAAUGGAUUUGAGGACUCCUUCAAGAACGACCCAUGUCUGAAGGCACUUUCUGAAGGUCGACUGCCAUCUAUACGAUAUGAGCAGUUUGAGAAUCUGAACCAGGCGCUGAUAAACCCUCAACAAGCUUCUAUGAAGCCCGCUGUCUUUUGGCUGCUUAUUGCUUCUACCCGGACCCAAGAGGAAUAUGGGGAUCUUUGUGAGAAGGAAGUCGUCGCCCACAGGUACUCGCGACUGACUUCGCAACUUCAUCGUGGGGAUCUGGAUGGAAUCUCAAAUUGGCGGCAGAGGUUCCCGUACUUGGAACCUCUUUACAGUACCGGUGAGCUGAAUUGUGAUCUAAUUCACAUGGACGUGUCACUGGACCUCAUGGGAACACACGCCCCUGAAGGAGCAGAUCUGGUCACUCGGUCAGAGGUGUCAAUACCCGGUCGAAACUACGAGAGGUGCGAAUGGCAGACCCUCACGUGUCUCGUCAAGCCGUCCGAGCUGCAUCGAGAUCCCAAUAUGGAUUCGUCGUUGAAAGCAAGACUAACCGCUGCCGACAUCAUGUCCGUUAGUGAUGUUGAGACUCGCCUCAAGGUGCGUUUUCCGGCAGAGGACUGGGCAAAUAUCUUUACCCGCCUCACAGAUCUUCAGUUGAAGUAUGAAGAAAGGCAAAGAUCUCAAUCCUUCGGAGGAGACAAUCUUGUCGGCUCGACAAGACCGGCACGGGAUUUCGUCGACCAAAUCUCAAUGUAUCAGGAAGUGCAAUCCCGUUCUGGACCUGAUAUGCCAUUCACUCGCAGAGCUAUCAUCCUUUGGACAUUCUGUGUAGCAAGACCUGGUGAGGGGGGUCAAACCACUUGGCGCUACCUCAAUCCUACCCCUUCACGCCGUUCGUGUAUGUCUCCUUCGCCUCAUCCAAGCCAAAUUCUUUCAGCCGUCAUGCACGAGAACUUCAAUGCUUGGGUGGAUAAUCCAUUGCAUCUUCAACAUCAAAAUGUAGUGGAUCCCUUCCUGCAGGGCCCCGCAACGCCAGCAAAUACUGCCGGACUUCAACCAUCUUUUGCCGGGCAUGACUAUGGAUAUCAUCAUCAACAAUUCGACAUGCCUGCUGAGAAUCUCAGCUUCGAAUCUACAACGAUCGACAGCGAAUCUACUCUUGUUGAUAGCAACGCCGCAGCCAACAUUGACAGCUUCAUAUCCGGUGCCACUGUGAGCAUUGGUGAUUAUGACCACAAUUCUCCUCACUGGGACGUACCUCACACCGAAUCUUUUGACCAUGAUCCGGGCUGGGCAAAUUACGCUAUUUCAUCCAAUACGCCACAUCUUGAAUGGACCCCCGAGAUGAGGGAUCAUGCAUGGCCUGAUACCUCAGACCCAAAGCAUGACAAUUGGGUUGAGGAUAUAGAUAUAAAUCAUGACUGGACAGAUGACAGCACCGUCAAGCAAGGGCGUAAUUAUGUUGAGCAAAGUGCCAAUAAACUCUCGCCAUGGAUCGAUCAUUCGGAUAGUGGAAUAAAGGAUACAUAUUCCGUUGCUAACGAUGUUCACCCACCGCAAUUGACCGCUGGAGCGAUCGAUGCGAAAGAACAGAGCUGGGUUAGUGGCGAUACUGGGUUUGAUUUCAACCACCUGGCUGAGAGUCUCAAGUCAUGA